UCUUGUUAGGGCUUGCUUGAUGGCGCUUGGCUAGCUCGCCUUCCCCACGCCAUGCACAUGCCGCCUCCUUCUCCUCCAGCUACAAGAGCCCCUGCUCCCUCCUCCAGUCCUCAUCCCGCUCCGCCUUCCUCCUCCCGACCCUGCCAUGCGCCGGCACCUUUCCAGAUUAAUUGCGCCGCGCCGCGUCGCCGUCGGCCACAGCAUCCCUACACAUGCCAUAUAAUACUAUAGACUAUAGACGGCCAUCGCCGUGCGAGCGGAAGCAAGGGGGCACCUGCCUCUGCCUGCUAGUCUGCUACUAGUAGCGCUCCCCCGCCCGCCCCGCAUGGCUGCACCCGCCGCGGCCAAGCGCCCCUGCUGGCCCCCCGCCGCCGCCGCGGCAGCCGAGCCCAACAAGCGCCGCCGGACGGCCGCCGCCGCGCCAAUGGACGACGCCGCCGCCGCGCCAAUGGACGACGCCGCCGCGGAGGCCGAGCGCUCCCGGACACACGCGCAGGCGCAGCGGCGGCAGCAGCGGGAGCCCCACCAGCAGCAGCCCCUGCUCCCGGGCCUGCCGGACCACCUGGCGCAGCUCUGCCUCGCGCCGCUCCCGCCGCGGCUCCUGCGCGCCGUCUGCCGCCCCUGGCGCCGCCUGCUCUACUCGCCCUCCUUCCCGCCGUUCCUCUCGCUCUACGCGGUCCUCGACGACGGCGCCGACGGCGGCGUCUCGUUCGCGGCCUACGACGCCGUCGCGGGCCGCUGGGACGAGCUGCCCGCACCGCCGAUGCCGUCGCCGCCGCCCAGGCUCUGGCACCCGUCCUUCCUCUCCCGCCGGCUGCCGCUCCAGUCCGUGGCCGCCGCGGGCCGCCUCGUCCUCGUCGCGGGCUCCACGCAGUCGCUCAGCCCGGCGCUGCCCCGCCCCAUCGUUUUCGACCCCUCCGCGCCCACGCCGCGGUGGCAGCUCGGCCCGCGGUUCCCCUUCGCGCCCCGGAGGUGGUGCGCCGCGGGGAGCGCGCGGGGCCGCGUGUUCGUGGCCGGGGGCGUCGGCGCCGGCUACGACGCCAACGACGCCCGGUCGGGGGCGGUGUGGGACCCCGCGUCGCCGGCCGCCGCGUGGGAGCCGCUCCCGCCGAUGCGGGACGGCCGGUUCAGCCGCGACGCCGCGGAGGCGGUCUGCUCCGGCGGCAAGGUCUGCAUGGUCAGCCUCCGCAGCCGCGGCGCCAAGGAGGGCGCCGUAUUCGACCUCGGCGCCCUCCGGUGGGAGGACAUGCCGCCGGGGAUGCUUGCCGGGUGGAAGGGCUCGGCCGCCGCGGCGUCCACCGGCGGCGCCGAGACCAUCUUCGUGGUGGACGACGAGCGCGGCGCGCUGAUCGCUUACGACUGGGGCGGCGACCGGUGGAGGACGGUGGCCGAGUCGGAGCGGCUCAAGGGCGCGGCCGAGAUGGCGGCCGGCGGCGGCCGUGUCUGCGUGGCGGCCGAGGACGGCGCGAAGGUGAUCGUCGUGGACGUGACGACGCCGAAGCCACCACGGAGGGCGGGAGGGCCUGCGGCGGCGCCGCGGAUGUGGGAGGUGGCGGCGCCGGCCGGGAAGCGGGUGGUGGCGCUGCACGUGCUGCCCAGGAUGACGCGGGCGGAGUAGCAGCCGGCGGCCGGCGGCCGGCGGCCUCUCCCGCCACGUCCGGAACCGUCUGCUUGCAUGCGUAUGGGAUUCGGUACACGUGCUGGUGCUGCUGUUACCACUGUACAGGGCCAUUCGUCUUCCUCCUCCUGCUCAUGAGUCAUGAUCCGAUCCGACCCCAUUUUUUUUGUUGAGAUUUUCCUUGCCGAGUUUGAUUCAUAAUUUCUGUGGGAUGAGACACUUAGCAGUGCUCUUAUAGUUUUUAUUCUUUUUUAAAAACACACACACAUACACACACGAAUCAGUUUGAACAUGUUUGAAUCGGAGCUCCAGAAGGUGGAGCUUCAUUUUUCUC